AUGGAGGAUCCCGAAAGCGAGACAGAAGAAUCAUCUCCGCCUCUACAAGACACUUGCAUACAAGAAGUAACUGAUCUAUUUCCCGACAUCUGCCUUGAGUAUGUCAAGAAGAUUGCUGGUCCUCUAUCAUUCGUCCCCCAUGAUGUGAUCAAUCACCUCCUCGAUCUCCAAGAGUCGGGGCAGGUAUAUCAAAAAGCAAGGCGACCAAAACAGGCCAUUGGCAAGAGGAAGCGCACGGCUGAGGGACAAGAUGAAGACGAAGGUGAAGACGAAGUCGAGAAACUACAGAACAGGCUCUCCGAAGCAAAGCGCAAGUACAGUAACCUCGAAGGACAAGCCAUUGGCCCCAAGAGUACCCAAAUGGCCACUAUGAAGCAAAUGAUCGCAGGGGAUUUCCCACUGGUGCCAGUCAAGGCCAUUCAACAAACCCUCUCUAAAAACGGAAAUCGUCUUUUCCCAACAUUUAAUGCCAUUAAUACUGCCAUAAAUCAGGCAAGCGAUCAUCACCCGUUGCCUUGGAAAUUGAAGAAGACGCCCUCAGUGCCGGUACAGCGAUACAGAAAAGAGAGGAUCGACGCGUCCAUACAAACCUGCUCUCACGACUGGGAAAAAGAAUUGAUGAAGGAACUCGAGGCUGCUCGAUUACUGCAGUUUGACGUAGCUGAAAAGCGUCGAGCAGAAGCAUUGGCCGAGGAGGCCGAAAGGAUGAACCUCGAGUCGGCAGAUGCAAGAGGAGAAGUAACUGAGUGCGGGUGUUGCUUUGCCGAUACUGCAUGGAACAGACUCGUCUAUUGUCAAGCCAAGGAUCCUCACCCUUUCUGUAUCAACUGCGCUCGCCGACACGCAGAGACACAAAUUGGCCUUUCAAAGUACGAACUUGAAUGCAUGUCCAUGAUCGGGUGUACGGCUGGGUUCUCUCAUAGCGAGCGUCAGAAGUUCCUGAAUAAGAAACUGACUGCGGCAAUCGAUCGAAUUGAACAAGAGGCCAAUCUGCGCAUGGCCAAACUGCCCGACCUCGCCAACUGCCCCUUUUGUCGCUAUGCAGAGGAGUACCCGCCUGUCGACGUCGACAGGGAGUUCCGUUGCCGAAACGACGACUGCAAAAUCACGAGUUGCCGGCUUUGUAACUACGAAACACACAUACCGAAAACCUGUCAGGAGGCAGCCAUCGAGAGAGGUGUCGAUCUGCGGCGGGAGGUAGAAGAGGCUAUGUCGAGAGCCCUCAUCCGCAAAUGCAACAAGUGCAGCACCCCUUUUAUCAAGGAAGAAGGCUGCAACAAGAUGACUUGCACCCGCAAAGGCUGUGGUAACGUUCAGUGCUAUGUCUGUUCCAAGUCUUGUGACUACAAUCAUUUCAACGAUGAGAGUCGAGGGGGUAAGCAAGGCAACUGCCCCUUAUUCGAGAGUGCUGAAGAGCGUCAUGAAAACGAAGUCAAUGCAGCUGAAAAGGCAGCUAAACAGAAGGUCUUGGAGGAGAAUCCAGAGCUUGCAUCAGCGCCCGAACUCCUGAACUUCAACAUGUCUGAAAAGGUUAAGACCGACGAUAUGCGGCGGAAAGGCAGAUUCGGACACAGAUUUAGGGAUCGAGCCGAUCACAUUCCUGUGCCGCCGAAUCCGCCACUUGGAGGGCAAAGGCCAUUUCUUGAUGUUCCGCAGCCGCAGCUGCCACAGGCACUGCAGGGACUGGCACACGGCGCAAACCACUUUCGUCAAGAGAAUCAUCUGCUGAACGAAGUCCAUGGGCAGGCACAUAGAGGAAUCCGAUAUCACCUUAAGAAUGCAUUUGAUCGCCUUGGUAAUAGAGUAGCACCACCGGCGCCGAUGCCGCAAGCACAACACAUGGCAGGAAUGCCGAUCCAAGCACAACAACAACAACCCCAGAUCGGAGCGUUCCCAAUGGCACCAGGAGACCCGGGCCCAGCGAUACCAGGGUUACCGUUUAACCUUCAAGGAGCGGUAAAUUUUAAUCCGUUUUAUCCGUACAUGAUGGGCCGACCUGACCAUAUGGGUAACUGGCGUGGCCCAGGGUAG